GUCUCAGUCUGGACAACUCGAAAUUUUUUCCUCCUCCGUUCUGUCUAGGGCCAGCCUCGAUCCACCGCCACCACCGCCUCCCAAUUUGAUCAAUUCCGACGAUGAGCUCAAACCAUCAGGCCUUUCGCCAAUCAGUGCACCACUCUUACCCUCAGACACCCAUGGCGAAUGGGCUCGUCGCUCCCGCUGGCGAAGGCCAUGGCCUUUACGAAGGUGUCUGCCCUGUCAGUCACCAAGCAGCAUCGUCUUCGAUGACCUGCCCCAUGUCGAUCCCGAAUGGUUCCUCUCCCAAAACCAGCUCCCUCCUGGCUCGCUCUUUCUCAAAAUCUCCGCCCCUGUCCGGAAUAGACGAAGAUACCGGUUGCCCGCUGGGCCUCGCAGAUACCUCUGCUGACAAGAACCCACUCUUCGACGAGUUCGACAAUGAUGCCAUCUACACCAACCUGCGCGAGCGAGUCAGGUACCUCACCCAAUUCGUCAAUUUCACAGAAGACGACGUCGAAGCCCUCAACGACUUCCAGCCCAUCCUUCUUCCCUUGGUCGACCAGCUCGUCGACAAUGUCUAUCACCAUCUCUUCCGGUUCGACAUCACCAAACAAGUAUUUAUGCCUCGGAAGAACGGUCAGGAAGGGCGUAUGUUGAGCGACCUGCGGGACUUGGCUUUGGAUGCACCUCAGAUUGAGAUGAGGAAGAGGACGUUCGCCGUGUACAUGAGGAAGCUCGUCACCUCAGACUACGACGACUUUGCAACAUGGCAGUACUUUGACCACAUCGGCAUCAUGCACACCGGACAAGACGAGUUGAAACACCGAAAACUGAUGGGCAAGGCACCGCUGUAUGUGGACUUGAUGCACCUGUCCCUGCUCCUCGGUUGGACAUUGGACGUUUUGACCCCCGUGAUUCUCUCCUACCCCGAAUAUCCUCUGGCGCGACGCAUCGAGAUCAUGAGGGCCUUCCAGAAGGUCAUCUGGAUACAGAACGACCUCUUCACGCGGCACUACGCCGUACGGAGUACGGAGGUGGCAGGCCUCAAGGCUCUCCGGGAUAGUGUGAAUCUCAGCAGCCAGGAAGAUGUGCAAUCGGAGCUGAAGUCGAUCAAGACCUUCCAGACUUCGAGCACGCACAGUGGCUCCGAGUCUUCUGUCCCACCUGUCCCCCAACGGAGCUACGGUCCUGGACCCAGCAACCGACACACUUAUGCUCCAUCUGCUCCCUCGACGCACGCGAGUUUCAGCUCUCCGUCGUCGAGUGGAUAUGGACCCAAUGCUGGUAUUCAGAACUUUCCUUCAGCGAAGGAGAUUAAAGAGAAGAAGGGAUGGUUCAGCUUUGGACGGUGA